ACCAGUGAUGGACUCUGGAACGAUGUAUCUUGUUCCCUCACCUUAAGACCAGUCUGCUUUGAUAUCACAGGGACGGUUGUGAAAUUUGUUCUCAUCAACACUCUCAUGACGUGGACCGCGGCUCAGAAAUACUGCAGGGAUCAUCACUCAGACCUGGCCAGCGUGAGGAACAUGACUGAGAACCAGAAGAUUCAGCAGCUGGUACCAGCAGGAGAUAAAGUCUGGAUCGGUCUGUACAGAGACACCUGGAAGUGGUCAGAUGGAAGAAACUUCUCGUUAAGUUACUGGAACAGUGUAGAACCCAAUAAUAAAGAGCCGCCGGAAAUCUGUGUAGCAGCAGCGUUUGAUGCUGAAGGGAAAUGGGAGGACUGGCCGUGUGAAAUAAAGAGGACCUUCAUCUGCUACAGCUACAUUCCAGUUUCAAAGAAGGUUCUGGUUCUGAAGCUGGAGAAAACCACCAACCUGGAUCUGAAUGACCAUGCUGUACUGGAAGAGCUCCUGAACCAGCUGAAGCAGAAGCUGAAGGAGCAGGGACUGAAUGAAGACAUCCAACUGAGCUGGAGGAAGCAGUCAGAUGAAAAUGUUUUCCACAAAGAGAAGAACAAGCAGACGUCAGUUUGAGAGAACUGGACCUGCUUCUGAAGAAGAUCCUCCUUUCCUUUAACCUUCUGAAAUAUUGUUGUUUCUAUAAGUUAUGCUAUUAACUACGAUUGUCCUAAAGUCAAAUCAUACAUCUGUACAUCAUACAAGAAAACUAAUUUCACUUCCUGCAUGUAAGUUUAUUGUAGUAAUUAUGAUUUUCCUAUUUAAGAAAUGUUAUAGCAAGAAAAAAAAAAGAAAAAAAAAAAGAAAACAGACAUUAAUUAGUCAGUAAGUUUAUUUCUGAGUACAUGGAGGAUGACGGUGAAUUGGGUCACAA